AUGGCUGAAAAAUACAACUUAUCCAAAGGAUCCCUCGAGGUAAUAAUGAGAGAAGGCGAAUUUCCUACCCCUAUAAUGCAGGUUUUGGGAAGCAAAAAAAUAACAUCAGGGACUGGAAAUAAAGAAAGAUUCCGUAUGUUACUGUCCGAUGGAAAAAACUCCAUCAAUUUUGCCAUGUUGACCACUCAAAUCAACGACAAAGUUAGCUCCUCAGGCCUUGAGACUUUUACAGUAAUCAAGAUCGAUAAGUAUAUUACCAGCUUAAUCAAUAACUCUGGAAAAGGAAAAACUCGUGUUUUGCUGAUCCUGGACAUGACAGUUCUUCACGAAGGAUCGGAAGUUGGCGAGCGUAUUGGAUUGCCUUCCCCUCUCAACGAAACAAGUGAUUCAUCUAAAGCUGUACCUACACCAAAACAGAACCCUCAUACAUCAAAUAAACCUUCUGCAAGUAAUGUGACUGUUGCCAUGGACAUUAGCGAAAACAUAACCAGUCAGAAUACCGUAACGCAACCGAUUUCCAGCUUGAGUCCAUACCACAACAAAUGGGCAAUCAAAGCAAGAGUCACCAACAAAUCUAUCAUUCGUACUUGGUCCAAUUCAAGAGGGGAAGGAAAGCUGUAUAGUAUGGAUCGGAUUGACGAAAGCGGUGAAAUCAGGUUAACAGCAUUCAGGGAUCAGGUGGAUAAAUAUUAUGACUUCAUACAGGUGGACAAAGUAUACUUCAUCAGCAAAUGCCAGUUGAAACCAGCAAAUAAACAGUACAGCACGUUGAAGAACGACUACGAGAUGACGAUGACUUCCGAAACAUAUGAUUUCGUCACCAUCGACAAGAUAGCGAAUGCCGAGGACAAUUCGUUGAUAGAUGUUGUUGGAGUAACUAAAAGCGUUGAAGAAUUGCAAACUUUCCAGGCGAGGUCUACCGGUAGGGAGUUGAAGAAGAAGGAAGUCUUGUUGGUGGAUCAGUCUAAAACAGGGAUCACUCUGACUCUGUGGGGUUCCGAUGCGGAAAACUUCGACGGGGUAAACAACCCAGUCAUUGUCCUCAAAUCGGUGAAAAUUGGCGAAUUCGGAGGCGGUAAGCAUAUCUCCAUGAUCAGCAGCAGCACCCUGCAGGUCAACCCCGAAAUGAAGGAGUGUUACCGUCUCAGGGGAUGGUAUGACAGCCAAGGGAGCAGCUUUGAAGCAAAAAAUAUUAGUGCCAGGUCCGGACUGAGGAACUUCAACACUCCCUGGAUGAGUUUCAAGGAGAUGCAGGACUAG